UUGGAAUAUGCCCAUAGCUAUGUGUGGCGAGAACAUAUAUAGUAUCCUAUUUGACCUAUUCCCGCCGCUGACCGAUUCUCAUUCUUACCAAGGACAUAGAACAUAAAAUGAGGGGCCGACAUCAGCUCCCCGUUCGUGCGAAGAGGCAAUAUGGAGCCAUGUUUGGCAUCUUUCGCUAUGACAGAAGAACUGGCAGAUGUGAAUAUAUGGAAUAAUCAGGCACAGCUUUUGUGGAAGCCCGAAGUAUUAUUUCACUCAAGAGUGUCUCUUGUCGUGCUCGAAGGCUUAGCCUGCUCGUUAAUUAUGAGCUCGUUCUACCUAGCGUACAAUGCCCCCAGAUACCAACUUGUAUGAAACUCCAACUGAAUACCAAUUAGCCCGGAUGCAGCGGAGAUAAACGAGGCCGACAGAUUCAGAGCAGCCUCUAAUAGGUACGGAUGUUUAAGGAGAGAGCAGAAAGGAGAGCAACGCUUAUUACUUCUUUAGUCUGGACUCUCUACCAAGCCCAGGCUCAGAUGCUGCAUUUCUUC